GAUCUAAAGUAUAACUGUCUUAGUUAUGUCUUUGCCACCGCUCUGGGGAAGCGAGAAAUUCAGGAAAAGUGUUAUUAAUAAGCUAAAUAGUGAGCUGGAGCAUUGUUCUCUGAGCGCAAAAAAUGCUGGGCAGGGCAUCGAAAAUGCGGUUUUUGAAAAAACACAGUCAAAAAAACAAUACUUGGGAUAUGUGGCAAAAAUUAUUUUAAGAGUGCGUAAUAUGGUGCAUAUUGAUGAUGCUUGGCUGGCAAACUGCGUCAAAACCAUUUUGAGUAAGCCACCCCCAAGGUUGCGUAGAGUGCUUCGGCCAGAAGAAUUCGCAAAAUAUAACAAGGAAAUGAUGAAACUGCGAACUCAAUUACAAGCAGAAGAAAUCCUUAAAACCAAAGACAGAAAGUAAUAAACAGAUGUUUGUAAAUACAACARAAUUUGUGAAUU